AGUCUUGUACAGGUGUACCGGCUCCUCCCCUUCAGUCUUGCACAAGUGUACCGGCUCCUCCCCUUCAGUCUUGCACAGGUGUACCGGCUCCUCCCCUUCAGUCUUGCACAGGUGUACCGGCUCCUCCCCUUCAGUCUUGCACAGGUGUACCGGCUCCUCCCCUUCAGUCUUGCACAAGUGUACCGGCUCCUCCCCUUCAGUCUUGCACAGGUGUACCGGCUCCUCCCCUUCAGUCUUGCACAGGUGUACCGGCUCCUCCCCUUCAGUCUUGCACAGGUGUACCGGCUCCUCCCCUUUAGUCUUGCACAGGUGUAUUGGCUCCUCCCCUUCAGUCUUGCACAGGUGUACCGGCUCCUCCUCUUCAGUCUUGCACAGGUGUACCGUCUCCUCCCCUUCAGUCUUGCACAGGUGUACCGGCUCCUCCCCUUCAGUCUUGCACAGGUGUACCGGCUCCUCCCCUUCAGUCUUGCACAGGUGUACCUGCUCCUCCCCUUCAGUCUUGCACAGGUGUACCGGCUCCUCCCCUUCAGUCUUGCACAGGUUGUAGCGGCUCCUCCCCUUCAGUCU